GUGCCGCAGCUGGAAAAAUGGCAACUGAUACAGGGAGAUACAGGAGUGCUGUUAGCAAAAACAAAGACCCUUCUGGUCUUCUUAUUUCUGUCAUAAGGACUCUGUCCAGCAGCGAUGAUGUGCAGGACAGGGAGACAGAGAAGGGUCGACUGGAAGAGGCUUUUGAGACAUGCGAUAGGGAUUUAGAUAAACUGAUUGUUCAACAUUAUGCUGAACUUACCACUGCCAUCCGGACCUACCAGAGCAUCACAGAGCGUAUCACCAGUUCCCGCAACAAGAUCAAACAGGUGAAGGAGAAUCUCCUGUCUUGUAAGAUGCUGCUUCACUGUAAAAGGGAUGAGUUGAGGAAGCUGUGGAUUGAAGGCAUUGAGCACAAGCACGUUCUCCAGCUGCUGGAUGAAAUUGAAAGCAUCAAGCAGGUUCCUCAACGCCUGGAGACCUACAUGGCAAGCAAGCAUUACCUUCAUGCCACAGACAUGUUGGUGACAGCUGUGAGGUCCCUAGAAGGCCCCUUGCUGCAGGUGGAGGGGCUUGGAGACCUGCGCCAGGAGCUCAAAAGCAAGAAGCUCAACAUUCACCUUGUGCUCAUUGAUGAACUGCACAGACAUCUUUACAUCAAGUCCACAAGUCGCCUCGGGCACAAGAACAAGGACAAAAAUGCUGCUCGUGGUCCAGGAUCUGCAACCAAAGAUGCAUCUCCGAUGCCUGCAUUGGAAGUCAGCAGCCUGUCGACCCCACGCAAGUUUUUGGAUUCAUCCCAGUUCAGCACACCUGGAUCAGGCAAUGUGCGUGAGCUGCAGCCGGAUAUCUGGGAACUGAACCAAGCAGAUCUUUCUGAGGUGGAUCCAGAAGAGAACAGUGCUGAGUUCAUGGGCAUCCUUAUCAGGGCUCUGGCCAAAUUAAAGAAACUUCCAGAGACCAUCAAAGCCAUAAUGGAGCGACUUGAGCCUGAGCUGAAACAGAUUGUCAAGAGGUCUACCACUCAGAUAGCAGACCAUGCCUACCAGCGGGGGGAAAACCUUGCUCAGGAGAGCCAGCCAAGGUUGCUGUUGGAACUGUUAGAGCUUUUGUUUGAGAAGUUUAAGGCAGUGGCUCAGGCUCACAGUGUUGUGCUGGCCCACAUGCAGCGGAUUGCGACGCAAGUUCCAGGGGGCACCCAUGAAGAGGACAUCAAGCUCUACGAGCAGGCAGACGUAUCUGCCAAGAUCCAGACAGUGCUUCAGGUCUUGCUUAUGGAGUAUCUGGAUGUGAAAAACAGCCGGAGUGCCACAGAGCCGUCAGCUCAGCUCUCCUAUGCCAGCACUGGCAGUGAGUUUGCUGCUUUCUUUGCAAAGAAGAAACCACAGCGUGCCAAGCAAUCACUCUUCAAGUUCGAAUCAUCCUCCCAUGCCAUCAGCAUGAGUGCCUACCUGAGAGAGCAAAGGAGAGAACUCUACAGCAAAAGUGGGGAACUACAAGGUGGUGCUGAUGACAACCUGAUUGAGGGAGGAGAAAUGAAGUUUCUUUGUAAGCCUGGAGCGAGGAACAUCACUGUAAUCUUCCAGCCUCUUCUCAGAUUCAUUCAGGAAAUAGAGAUGAACAUGGGGCCAGGCCAGGCCAAGCAGUGCCAGCUUCGGGCAUUUCUCACCUACUACAUUAAUGACCUCUUCCUUAACCAGGUGCGGACAGAGAUCAACAAGGAAAUCGAGGCAGUGAGUAAGACAGCUGACCCUUUGAAAAUCCUCGCCAGUGCUGACACCAUGAAGCUGCUGGGCGUCCAGAGACCCCUACUGCAGAGCACUGUGGUUGUGGAGAAGUCGAUCCAGGACCUAAUGAGCCUGAUGCAGGACCUGAGUGCCUACUCUAACCAGUUUCUUGAGAUGGUCUGCGACAAACUCAAAGAAUACAAGGAAAUCUGCAACACAGCCUACAGGGGUAUAGUCCAGUGUGAGGAAAAGCUGACCAUUAGUGCUUCCUGGUCUAAAGAUGAGGACAUCAGUCGUUUGCUCCAGUCCCUUCCAAACUGGGCAAAUAUGGCCCAACCUAGACAGGCCCGGCAAAAGAGGGAGGAUGAGGAGGACUUCACAAGGGCUGCUUUUGCAAAAGAGUCCGAAGUGCUAACUGGGAACCUGGGAGACAAGUUAAUCCCUCAGAAUGAGAUCCUUCGUGACGUCAGUGACCUGAAGGCUCUGGCCAACCUUCAUGAGAGCAUGGAGUGGCUUGCCGGUCGCCUGAAGACAUUCUUCACCAACCUGCCUCAAGCCUCCACUGCUUCUCCAUGCUCAUCAGACAGCCAGGUUCUUGGUGAGAGUGAACGUAGCAGAGAACAGAUUCUCCAGACUCUGAACGACUUGUCUCGAGGUUUCCAGGACGUUGCUGACCGUUGUCUCCUUGUAUUGCACCUGGAGGUCAGGGUCCAUUGUUUCCAUUACCUGAUCCCCCUGACCAAGCAGGGCAAUUAUGCCAUUGUGGCUAACGUGGAGAGCAUGGACUACGACCCGCUGGUGGUCAAACUCAACAAGGACAUCUCGGCCAUAGAGGAAGCCAUGGGCGCCGCCUUGCAGCAGCACAAGUUCCAGUAUAUAUUUGAAGGUCUUGGUCAUCUGAUCUCCUGUAUCCUAAUCAAUGGGGCUCAGUACUUUAAGAGGAUCAGUGAGUCUGGUAUAAAGAAGAUGUGCAGAAACAUCUUUGUCCUCCAGCAGAACCUCACCAACAUCACCAUGUCGAGGGAGGCUGACCUCGAUUUUGCCAGGCAAUACUAUGAGAUGCUGUACAACACUGCAGACGAGCUGCUGAACCUGGUGGUGGACCAGGGCGUCCGCUACACGGAGCUGGAAUACAUCAACGCCCUGUCGUUGCUGCAUCGCAGUCAGACAGGCGUUGGUGACCUGAGCACUCAAAACAUCCGGCUGCAGAGGCUGAAGGAGAUCAUCUGUGAGCAGGCUGCCAUCAAACAGGCCACCAAGGACAAGAAGAUUACCACAGUGUAGCCAUAAAACACAGCUGAGUACAGAGACAAAAACGCCUUUCCCCAUCUAAUAUCCUCUAUACACAUGUUUUUAUUUCUGUGCUUUCUGAUCUAAUGUACAACAGAUAAUUGGAUCAUAUUUGCAAAA